AUGCCCUCUGUGAAACGCCCCCGUGACAUUGCCGUCUCGCCUCUCCUCGAUCUCCUCAUCAGUGAAAGCCGGACGACGUCAAGCGCGCUUCAUAAAAUACGAUUCAUUGGCCCACUUCUGCCAUGGAGAGAUUUCCUUAAUUCUGCCAAAAAUUGCUACGAUCAACAGCAGUGGAGUCAACAGGCGAUUCAGAUCAGCCUCCAAGCCAGAGAUCUCACCAAUGAGAAAGUUUUCGUUGGAGAUGAGGCCGGGGUUUCUGCGCGAUUCCAGCAAGCUGCUGGACAGGUCCUUGGUGCAGUAUUCGAGGCCCAGUCGAUCAAUAUGGCAUUCGGGGACUUCAAGUCAACUGGACUUGCAUACAUCAGGACCCCCGACGUGGUCAUGCUCUCCUUGCCCGAUCCGCAAAACUCCAAUGCACAGCAACUAAGAGUGGUCGGGGAAGUCAAGGUACCAUGA